AUGGGCUCGUUCCCGCCGGUGGUCGAGCUGAACGUCGGUGGUACGCCGUACGCGGCCAGCCUCAAGACGCUGCUCGCCGAGGAGGGCUCCUGGUUGCAGGAGACGUUCGGUGGGGGUGCCCCACCCCCCGACCUGCCCGUUGACGGGCGGGGUCGGUUCUUCAUCGAUCGCGAUGGGGUACUAUUCCAGCACGUGCUCGACUACCUGCGUGAUCCGGCUCGCUACGCUCUGCCAACGGGCAGCCUGGAACGGGAUCGAUUGCGCCGCGAGGCUGACUUCUUCCGGCUGGCCGGUUUGCAGGAGCAGCUGGCGAAGCAGACGCCCGGUUGCAUUACGAUUGGGUACCGGGGUAGCUUCCAGUUUGGGCGCGAUGGCCUCGCGGAUGUCAAGUUCCGCAAGAUCACGCGUUUGCUCGUGCAUGGGCGGGUUGCGCUUUGCCGGGAGGUGUUUGGUGACACCCUGAAUGAGUCCCGCGAUCCGGAUCAUGGUGCACCGGAUCGGUAUACUGCCCGCUUCUUCCUUAAGCACGUGUUCAUCGAGCAGGCGUUCGACAUGCUGCAGGAGCAGGGCUUCCGGCUCGUCGGUAGCUGCGGCUCCGGUACGGCUGGUUCGGUUUCGGAGAACCUCAAACCGGGCGUUGACACCGAGGAGAACCGCUGGAAUCACUACAAUGAGUUUGUCUUCGUGCGCGACUAAGCCCCGCGCAUCGCACACACCCACCUACACACACACACACACACCAUCGACACACACACAUAUAUAUACACGAACAAACGAGCAUGCGGACACGAGCCGACCUUCGAGGGCACCGAGAAUGCAGCUGGUGGCAGCUGGUAGUGAGGAUGCGCCCAGGAGCACGAAGGAAAUGCCGGCGAAUAACACGAGCACUGGAUCGCACGGCAACAGCAGCAAAAAUAGAACCACCUUAGGAAGAUGGCACCGUCAGGACGUGCGUUAAAACUGAGCCCUUUUCCGAGGCUCACACGGCGAGUCCUUGCGCCACACGGGACGAUCGAGCUGAAUCCGACAAACUCGAACUUUUGCAGCCCCUUAAAGUUCGUACCCUUCGCAUUGAGCUCGAUCGCCGGGCCGGACCAAAACUGCAUCGGAGAGAGUGAGAGAGAGAGAGAGCGCCAUCCAGCUGCAACUCACCUUCACCCCACCCCAAAUAAAAACCCACCCGUCGGCGGCGAAGACGCACCAAUCAACCACCACCAUUGGAACUGGGAAAAGCGCGAGUGAAAUUCCAGAAAAAAAGAAUCAGAAAAUGCACCCACCAAAAAGGCAUUUGUUUUUUUAAAUAGCAGCCAUCGGAAGGGAAAAAGUCACCACUACUUUUCCCAUGUUUCCUUCACCCGCCAGCAAAACCAAGUCAGCCAUCGUUUUCGUAGUUUUGUAGCAGUAGUUUCGAAGGACAACAAGGUAAGAGCAUCAUAACGCAUACACACAAACACAGACGCAGAAUACUAGUCAAAUUUGUAGGAAAAACCACCACAGGAGCAGGGCCCAAGCGGAAAUGAAAAAUCGGCAGCAAAAACCCACCGAUUUGGCGAGAGUAGCGAGGGAGGUGAACGAACGGAAGGGAAGAGAAGAGCAGAGGAGGAGGAGGGAAGAGCCGAAGGAGAGUCCUUCCAGGGAGCAGGGUUGAGGCACAACGGGAACAAUCAGCAACAUCAAUAAUAGUUACAAUAAUAGCCACUAGCGUACUCGUAGAGCAAUUGGUCAGUCGUGUUUCAUUUCCAUUUUUUCCUUAUUUUUAUACGAAAACCCCUAACCGCCCGUUGAUGGGGAAGAGAAGAUGGGAAAGGAAUAGAAUGUUUGGCUAAUUUCCCCCACCGCUCAAGCCCUCUCCCCCCCCCACGGAUUCACCCCGAUUCCUCGAGCACGGUCCCAAGGGUGGUUAAAUUUGCACCAGCACCAACCUCCUAGAAAAAAACCUAACCUCAAGGGCUUCAAAAUGUUGCAUCGAAAUAAAAACAACAACCCCAACCCCUUCCCGUUGGUAAUGGUCCGCGCGUGCAGUUUUCCACGGUGCUUGGGAGCCGAGCCGAGGUUUAUUAUUAAUUAACCCCACCGUCGGACGCAAAGAGUGGUCAGGAGUUAGUGAGGACGUGGCCCCACACCGAGACGGCGUGAAUAAGCCGUUUUGCAGUUUCCACCCCGCUCGGUAUAAACAAUGAGCCGGUGUAGCACACCGGAGGGAUGGUGCCCAGGGUGGAGGGGAAUGGGAUGGAGGGAACCUAUCGGGCCGGUAAGGGAACGCACAAUACACAUCUACAGACGCGGUUGGUUGCAAGAAAACGCCCGACCCCUUCGAUCCGUUCACAGUGGAAAAUGGUGGGAAAAGUGUCCAAAAUGAGAGGGAAAUUCACAAAUCCUAGAACUCACGUUUUGGAGAGCAAAACACAAACCACAGACAUCGAACCGGUGAAAGGGAAACGCGCGAAACACACACGUAUGCAGGACACGCCAGGAGACAGUGGGCUACACAAACUUUUACACUCAUACACCCAAUUGACUACAAGUAUUUAAGCGAUUUAAGCAACAUAAAUCAAGAACUUGAAGCGGGUAGACGCGGGUAACGUGGAAGGGGAGCAGCAUAAAAGAGCAAGUGGAAAAAAAAACGAAACAAGCAGUAAGCAGAAGGAAGUGUAGAAGAAGCAAAAGCAAACAUGCACAUGCGAGAAGAAGCAGAAAACCAAAACUGCGCAUGUUGGAGCAUUAAGGAAUCGAUAACUUACUAAAUACAAGGCGUAAACAAAAAAAAUUAACCAGUGGGAGCACAAGAAAUAAACUUUAAGAAGAAAACCCAAGUGAGAUAGAUCAAGAAAAUAAUAGUAAUGAAAAAAAAAUGAUACAAUAGUGAAAUCAAACCAAUAGCGAGCAAGUGACGUAAGAAAAAAAAAUUUAAUUGUACGAGUAUAUAUAAAAUGGCGACGGAUGCUGGCCAGAAUGAGAAGAGUAGCUAAAAGGAAGAGGAAAGCGACAUUUUGACAUCCGUUUGGUACCCACGUGAGGAAUGACAGAUAAAAUUACAAAUCAAAGACGAACAGGGCUUGACCAAAGAUAACCGAUACGGGUGCGCUAGACGCGAACUGGCUCUGAACUUUAGGUUUUCCAGCUAGAAAAACUGGGAGCAUAAAUUAUAUUGUACGAAGGGAUGAGUUUUCCCACGGGUUUUCCGAUGUUUUUCUACAUUUUCCCAGCGAGUUUUCUCCGCACAGUUUUGAUGAAGAGCAGACGAGAAACACGUUCGACAUCUCGCUGUGCUGUUUGGGGUGGAUAAAAAUAGCCCCCAACACGGGGAAAAACCUCCCAACUCCCACACGGGUGCAAUAAUCGUUAAUCGAACGGAAGCGCACCGAGGGUCGGGAGGUGUUGGUUCAUAAACAUAUUGACUUCGAAUCGCCGAAUCGCCAAACGCGUCCCGGCUCAUUUUCCCGAUCGUUCGUGGUCGUAAGCACCGGAAAUGCGGCUGGAUUUUCCCGUGGACCAUCGCCACCCGCCGGAAAAUAGUAUAAACACAUGACGACGCCCCUGUUUUGUCCGCUUUGGCGAGCCAAUUUUCCCGACCCGGCCUGAGGUGGUAAACAUUUACGGUGCGCCCAUUCGUGGCCGACGCCAUUCUUUACUUUGAUCUCUCGCGUCGUGAAACGCUGGUCGCAUCCUGUUUACGCGAGCAGGUAGCCCUCGGACUUGACGGCAGGUCUUUCGAUUAAGCCCACGUCACUGACAAAAUGCCGCACGUCAAACGCAACCGGUUCGGUUAUUAUUUUUUCAUCACCACCCUGUAGGGGUGAGAGCCGAAAAACGCUGAGGAAAAAGCCAAAACCUCCACUGGACUUGGCGGUCCUGGGGCGAGAAGGUCGCAAAAUCAUGACGCAACACUCGAAACGAGCAAAAGCGAGAGUCGUGGGAUUGUCGCGAACGGGAAGGAACGUACUGGCAGAUCCCGGGCCAGGGUUAGAGGCUGUUGACGAUGGUAGAACUUAUCAGAUGAGCAAAGCUUAACCUAACAAAACACAGCCGGAAGGAAAACGAUAUCUCUUUAAUUAUUAAUGCGAUCGCGCGCGGAAGGAGCAUAAUGAUAAUGAUGAUGAUGAUGAUGAACAUGAUGAUGAUGAUGAUACUUCAAAUAUUACAACUACAAACUACUAACAACUACUAUUCACGGUAAUGGUAAUGAACUAUACUACUACACAAUAAAAGUAAAGCGGAAGACGAAAAAUCAAGCCGAAACCAGUGGAACGGAAGACAAUGAAGGAAUAUAACAAGCAACAACAGCAAAAAAAAUAUGAAAAGAAAUGGAAUAUUAUCGAUAAGAAAUACCAAGAGAAACAAAAAUGAAAAAAUGCAGAACUUAGUAGUGAGAAAUGCAAAAUGCAAAAUGCAAAAAUAAUAAUAAUAAUAUUAAUAAUAUUAAUAAAAGAAUAAUUAUAAUUAAUGAAAAAAGCAGCAAAGAGAGCAAAAAAAACCACACAGAAAUGAUCAUUGAUAUAUAUAUCUUCAACCAAAGUUAAGAUAAG